GGCGCAAAAGCACCGCCUGCCAAGUCUCAUGGCUUAAGUAUAUAUUCACGGCCAUCACUCAUUCUUGAACUAGAUGUUAGAUCAAGCCCUUUAACGCCAUCAAUAUGCAUUAUACAAGAAUAUUUCUCCUGGCUCUUUUCGCCCUAGUCUCUAUUGCAAGAAGUUGCACUCUCCAAACUGCCACCUCGUUGGAGCAGUAUCUCGAAAACGGUUCAGGUGCUGGCAGUGCAGACAUAACUAACGAGGCCCAUGACCUGCUCGAUGGAGGACUCUCUAAACGUGGCUCGGAACUUGGGGCCCUCGUUUUGCUGGGUGUGUUAAACCCACGUGCUACUUCUCUGAAAUGCACCGCAACUGAGACCUGCUUCUCGUUCCUUGAUGUACCUUUUUGCGUAUCACUCACUACUUGGGACUAUCAUGACGCAGAUGAGACUACCGGAAAUCUGCUCUCUGGUGACUACACGCUAGCGGAUGGUCAAAAAGGGAAUUUGUACAAAGGACCGUUUCCAACGCCAACGACGUUCAGGGACGUUGUGGUGACGUCGACCGCAGACCCAGGCAAUGCAGCAACGGAAACGGACAUGGUGCUGGGUCCCACAACUCAAAUGAGUGCGGGGAUGAGUGAAAGUACAAGUGAAGGCACAAGCGAAAGUGCGAGUGACGAGCCAACGCAGACAGCAUCCAGCUCGAACAGCCCUGCCAGCCAGACUACAUCUGCAGCAGAGAAUCAUGCAAUCAAGACGGAUACACAAGUGGUGAUUAGGACGCUAUUGGCUGUUGGCGGGCUGGCACUAUUGCAUACAGCGUUUUAGAUGAGGGUAGUGCUCAUACUCUGACAAGGCGGAGCUCAUCGUCACGAUGUCUUUUAGUUAUCUUGCAGCUGACACAUGUCGUAUGUUGAAUAUAUAAUCUGACCAGCUGACGUUCGUGUGCUAUGCCUGAAAAG